UAUAUCGUCCCGUAAUCCCCCAACUCGAACUGACUUAUAUUUCUUGAGCUCACCAGCGCUGACUCGCUGUGGCACACGUCCACAACUUCAGAGAUAAUCUCAAGGAUACCCAGAUACACUAUUCGUAAGAUAACGUCAAUAUCGCUAUGGGAGUGAAAGGCUGUUGGACUUGCAGAGAGCGCAAGGUACGAUGCGACGUGCAGAGGCCAACCUGUGGCAACUGCUCGAAGGCCAGACGGGUGUGUCAGGGCUAUGGGAUGCAGUUGUCGUGGCCAAGAGACGGUGAUGGCAAGAGAGCCAUUGUGGCGAGAGAUGUGGACGCGGCUGCGCGGGGGCAAAAUCGGAACCUGUACCCGCCGCGGGCGAGGUUUGUGAAUGCAGGAGCUUGGGAUGUGGAGCUCGCCAUGCGACUGGAGCUGGAGAAUAAGAAUGAAGAUUGGAUCACAGUGGCGAUUGGUGAUUAUGACCGCAGAUACAAUGUCAGCUUCCUGCGCUCCAUGUCCUUGCAAUCUCCCCGCCCGACCUAUCUACCGCCUGUCGUCAUGGGAAAGGAAGAAUCGCACCUCUUGGAAUUCUUCACCGAAUCAACAUCCCUCAUGCUCGGCCCAACCGACGCAGAGACUCUAGCAAACUUCAUCCUGCGAAUCGCACUCUCAAAUUCUGAGUCCUCCGACACGAGGAAUGCAGUUCUGCAGGCCGUCCUUGCCAUCGCAUCGCUCCAGCUGCACGGCAACGGCAGCGCAGACGCGUUCCGGUAUAAGCGGCGCGUUGUAUCGAAUAUUGCGGGCGAGACGACCGACUCAUUGGGCGAGAGAGCACUGCUGCGAAAUUUGGUCGCGACGAUGCUGUUGUAUCAUUAUGAAAUGUCAAUGCCUGGAUCGAGCUCUGAAGGAACAUGGGUAACUUUCUUCUGCGCGGUAAAGCGCAUCAUCAACACGUCUCCUGCAAUGUACAAGCUGAUUCGGCGCGAGUACAAAGUCUUCCUCGACUGGAUUUACUACCACGAGGCACUAUCGGAGUUCACAGUCCGGCAUUGGAAAGCUCCGUAUGAUGGGUGCGGCUUUGUUCCCAUGGUGAGAUCGGCUGGUGUUAUGGAUGGCUUCAGACCCGGAUCAAAGGUGGACGAAAGCAUUGGCUGCCCAACCGAAGUGCUCGAGCUCGUUGUCUAUGCCUGUCGACAAGCCAUCGUCGCGCCACGCCCCGAGAUGGCAUACACAGCUGCCGAACUGGACCGUGCCACGGUGCUGGAACGGCACAUAUCGAUGGAGGUGGGGGAUUUUGGACCCAUCCCCGCUCCAACGGCGACACCAAGGAACCGGCGUACUAUAGUCGCGGAUCUCCAUCGAGUCGCGUGCCUGAUCUACGUCAACCGCGCAGUGCAUCGUGUGUCUGAAAGGGACUUCCGCCAUAGGCGGCUCGUGAGAGAGGGGAUCCUGUUGCUGAGCGAGCUGCAAACAUGCCAGAGUGCGUGGCCGCUAUUUGUCAUUGGCUGCGAGGCCAUGGACGAAAAGCAGCGGGCUGCAAUCUUGGAUGUGUGUGAGCGUAGUCGGGGGGAUACGAGACGGAGAUCCAGUCACGUUGAUUCGAUUCAGCGGCUCGUUGCGGCAGUGUGGAACCAGCGUGAUCUGGAUGAGGAAGGGCAGAUAGACCACAUGACAAUUCUGGACGCGGUCAUCGGGGGAGAUGCAGUCAUGCCAUUGUUUGCCUGAGCUAGGAGGGCUACUUGAAGAGAAUUGCAUAUCUCUUUCCUGCGCUGCGCUCUGCUUUGUCAAGACUAGAACCAU